AUGCCAGCCUCCCAUCUUCAGACUCCAACUUCAGUGUUGAACUUCAUUCAUUCAUUCCCCCACUUUCCACUCUGCUUACUUCUGCUCCUUCUAAUCACCGUCGCUGGCUGGCCCGGUCAAUCAUCGAAAGGAAAGGCGGACGCGGCCGCCGUCGUCCAUCCCUCACUGUACAGCGCCGCCGACCGCCCCUUGACCAUCCUCUCGACGGCCAACUUCAGCCGCUUCGUGGUGGACCUGCACGCCGACGGGCGGCGGCUGCAGCUGGUGCAGUUCUACAACUCAUUCUGCGGCCAUUGCAUCAGCUUCGCGCCCUCCUUCCGCCAGUUCCUGCGCAGUAUCACCCGCUGGACGGAGCUGCUGAGCGUGGCCGCCGUUGACUGCUCCAUCGAGAGCAAUAGGCCCGUCUGCACCGACUACGACGUGGAGUUCUACCCGACGCUGCGGAUGUUCUGGUUCAGGCCGGCGGGGAAGGCCCAGGAGAAGGGCGACAAUCUGCAUUUGGGCGGCAAACAGGAGGCGGCCGACCUGCGCCAGCACGUGCUCAAGUGGAUCACCGACAAUUGGAAGCGGGGCAACAUAUCAGCAGGGUGGCCGCAGUUUCCGCCUCUCACUGCGGACAGCAAAGAAGCGCUGGUGGAGAAGUUGAAGAAGGAAUCAAAAGGUGGAGGAGGUGGGGAGGGACAUGGCAAUCAAACGGUGCUCAUUUUCGUUGAAAAGGAUGCCUCAUUCUUCGGUAGAGAGAUGAUGAUGAAUCUCAGCCGGUACAGUGGACAGCAACUUCGUCUGUACCGCAUGGUCGAAUCGAACAUUCGCCUGCUGGAUCAGAUUCUCCCGCGGUCGCUGGACCACUUUCAGCUGCCCUUUAUCGUUCACUUCAGACCGAAGGAUGGCCAGUUUAAUGUUCUACUCAAACCUGUGAUGAUAAAGACCGACCCUGGCGAGUACUUUGGCAAGGUGAUUCGCGAAGAGUUUCUUAAGAACGUGGUGGAAGCCGAAGAACCCGUUGAAGAAGUGGCACCCGUAACUGAUGGCACAAAGCACGAACUUCAGCAGUACUCCUCGCGGGUGUUCAUGUCCGACCUGAACAAUGCCAUUCGCUUUGCGCUCUUCCACGAGGUGCCCAUGCGCAAGUACCUCAGUCUGGAGCAGGUGGACGCGCUGAUUCGCUUUCUGGGCGUCCUCUACGAGAACUACCACUUUCAGGAGGAGAAGACGAAGAAGUUUGUGGAGAGCGCACAGAAGUACCUCCAGCGAAAGCUGAACACGCUGAAGAAGGAGCAGGCUGGCAGAGGAGGAGGUGGCAAAGCAGUGGCCGCCGCCAGCAAGCCCAUUCGAAUGGAGGUGGAGGACCUGCUGGAGUCGCUGAAGAUGUACGAGGACUACUUUCACCUGCCGGAGAUGAAACCGUGGCGAGCCUGCGCCGAGGUGGCCGGCUCUCCGGGAAAGCGCGCCUACCCCUGCUCCCUGUGGACGCUCUUUCACGUGCUGACGGUGGCGGAGUACCGGCGGUCGGUGCGGCAGCGCUCCCAGUGGGCCUCCCUGCACGCCUCCCUCUACGCCAUGCGCGGCUACGUCACCGCCUUCUUCGGCUGCACCGACUGCGCCCGCCACUUCGGGGCGAUGGCCAGCGGACUGGAAAAUGAGCUGACGGUGGCCAACGCCUCUGUCCUCUGGCUCUGGGCAGCGCACAACAGCGUGAACGCGCGGCUGAAGGGCGGCGCCUCGGAGGUGGCGGCGCUGCCGAAGCGGCAGUUUCCCACCUUCAAGGAGUGUCCGCAGUGCUACAAGGCUGAGCCUCCUUCCUCCCCAGAUGACCCACUGCUUCGAAAUGCGACCCUCUACAGACAGCGGUACUACGAUGAGCCCAAGGUGCUGCAGUUUCUGGUCGAGUUUUACGCCGCAGAGAGGCUGGUGCCCGACAAGUCGGAGUAUGAUUUGGUGGAGGGUGGUGAGGAGUUGGGCAGUGUGAAGAAGGUGGCAAAUGAGGGUUAUCAAAGUGGGGAUGGUGAUCACCACCACAAUCCAAGUCAUCAGAGUCACUCCAAGCCGAUCAUGCUCUCCUUUGUGCCCUUCACCAGCACCGACUACAGCAUCAUCAUCGUCUUCUACUUCGUCUCAGUGGCACUGCUGCUCUCGCUGUGCGCCUUCUUCAAGAUUAGGCGAGCGAGGAACAGCCGAAAGCCGUUUUCACUUCUUCCCUGA